AACUCGUAGUCACGUGACCGAUAUUCCAUCCUCGCCAUUUUGCAAUGUGUGAGAGAGAGAGGCCACUUUUUAUGGCUAACGAAUAAAACACAGCAGGUUUAUGUGUUGAGGACAAAGAGCGUCGAGUUUUCUCCACGUGUCAGUCAUGGAGGAGAUCAGCAAUGUGGCCGUACUCGUCACACACUCCUCCUCUGACACCUCCUCCACCUCCUCCUCCACAUCCUCAGCACUGGGACCCCUCCCUCAUACUCACACCCAGCAGGCGGUGGUGAAAGACAACUCCCAGAGCAUUCAGCAGAAACAAGCUGCAGACUCUCUCAUCCAGGUCAUUGAAAAGCUCAGCAAGAUAGUGGAGAAGCGUCCCCAGCGUCGCUGCACCUUGGCGGGACAGAAGAGAGCGGUACAACAGGCCCUCUCAGCAGGGGGCGAGGGUGGCGAGGAGGGGACGAGGGGAAACGGAGCGGACUCUCCUCUUAGAAAGCUGAGGAGAGACUGUAAAGAGCAGGAGAAGGGACAGGAUGUGAGGUUAGAAGACGGCCUUGCUGACGGCGUUCUGUCUUCACCUUUGUCAGGUGACAGUAACAACAACAACAUCAGCUCCAUGGUGAAUGAGGUAGCUGACAAUCCCAACAGCAGCGACCACAAGCGGACUGUGACAUGCUACCAGUGCAGCCUGUGCCCCUUUCUCUCCCAGACCUUGCCCCUGCUGAAGGAGCACCUGAAGCAGCACAACGAGCAGCACAGUGACCUCAUCCUCAUGUGCUCCGAGUGUCGCUUCACCUCCAGAGACCAGACGCAGCUCGAGCAACACGUCAGGAUGCACUUCGACAACGGCAGCAACCUGAAAACAAAUCUUUCGGAUAAUUUCAGCGAAGACAAGGAAGAGGUUUUUAGAAAGCAGGAUGGUGACUGGAGCGGGAGCAGUGGAAGUUUAGAAGCUGAUGGGAUCAAUAGCUCAGCCGAUGGUUCCAAGGAGCUGCCACAGAAGAAGAAGUGGUACAGCUAUGAGGAGUAUGGGCUGUACCGCUGCCUGAUCUGCAGCUAUGUAUGCAGCCAGCAGCGAAUGCUCAAAACCCAUGCUUGGAAGCACGCAGGCCUGGUCGACUGCUCUUACCCCAUCUUUGAGGACGAGGAAGAGGCCCCUGUGAGGAGAGACGUCUCAACUGCAGCCAACACCCUUACAACCAGAGAGGAAAUAGUUGUUCUGUCUCCGGUUCUUCAAGACAAAAGCCUGCCAGCUGCUUUCAAACUUCAGCUGUUUGCUGCUCCUGUGGCUGUUGAGAACAAACAGGAAGAAGUGACUCACCCCAUUUCUGAUCUUAAUCAGAGUCCAAAGACAGAGGGAGAAGAGGAGAGCGUGUACCCUCUGAAAGACCUGGCCUCUGAGGAGCACAUGGUGGAGGUGCAGGUGACGACAGAGGCAGACGCAGAGCUGGAGAUGGAUGGUCAACAUGAUAUCACCUCUACCACAGACAGCCUUCUGUCGUCAGCGCAGAAGAUCAUCAACAGCAGUCCCAACAGUGCGGGCCAUAUCAACGUGAUCGUAGAACGCCUCCCUUCAGCUGAGGAAUCGGUCAUGGCGGCUAACCCUCUUCUACUUAGCCCAGACGUUGACAGGGGGAAGAGCUUACUUGAUGCAGAAGAAGAGCGAGACCAUGUGGUUACUGUGAAGGAGGAGGUGGAUGUUGGUUGCAGUGUUAGUGGUGAUACUGACGUCCAGCAAUCAGGAGCUGAUAUGAAACCCUCUGUGCUUAAAAGUAGUGACUCUCCACGGGACGAAAACGUUCCCCCAGCUGGUCGCAAGAGAACACACUCUGAGUCUCUCCGCCUGCACUCUCUGGCUGCUGAGGCUCUGGUAGCCAUGCCAAUGAGGACACCAGAGCUUCCAACCUCCAGUGCCAAGGUAAAUGUGAAGACAGUCACAACCCAGACACAGAGCCAGAAGUUUUUAGAGGUGACUACAGCCGGCUCCAAAGCCUCUGACGCAGAGACAACCGCAGCUCUGUUGGACCUGGAGCUUCAUAGCAAAGGCAAAGAGGAAGAUUUGGGGUCCCUGGGUCUUGGGGAUGGAGAUGAAGAGGGCCCUGCCACUAAGGCCGGCAUCAGUCUGUCACUGCUCACCGUCAUUGAAAGACUCAGAGAGCGCUCAGACCAAAACGCUUCAGAUGAGGAUAUCCUGAAAGAGCUCCAGGACAAUGCACAGUUCCAAAACGGAGAUGUGGCUGGUGUGGUCACAGGGACAGGAACGGGGGGCUACAUCACCAUCCCAGGAAUGGACGGGUUAGUUGCCUCCCCCGAUGGCGGUCUGGUGGACUAUAUCCCCGGUAGCGAAAGGCCAUACCGCUGCCGUCUGUGUCGCUACAGCAGCGGCAAUAAGGGCUACAUUAAACAGCACCUCCGGGUGCACAGGCAAAGACAACCUUAUCAGUGUCCCAUUUGUGAGCACAUCGCCUCAGACAGCAAGGACCUGGAGAGUCACAUGAUCCACCACUGCAAGACUCGGAUGUACCAGUGCAAGCUGUGCCAAGAUGCCUUUCACUACAAGAGUCAGUUAAGGAGCCAUGAAAGGGAGCACCACAGCUUCAGCAGCGACGUGGCAGCUCUCACACCCGUUAAUGAAACAGUGGCCAUGGUGGAGGAGGCAGAGAGGGGGACAGAUGAAGAAUGUGGCGUACAGAAGAUGUUUAAAUGUGAUGUGUGCGACUACACCAGCUCCACGUAUGUUGGGGUGAGGAACCACCGGCGGAUUCAUAACUCGGACAAACCUUAUCGGUGCUGUAGCUGUGAUUUCGCCACCACCAACAUGAACAGUUUGAAGAGUCACAUGAGGAGGCACCCCCAGGAGCACCAGGCUGUGCAGCUCCUGGAGCAGUACAGGUGCUCUCUGUGUGGCUACGUGUGCAGUCAUCCUCCGUCGCUCAAAUCCCACAUGUGGAAGCACGCCGGAGACCAGAACUACAACUACGAACAGGUUAACAAAGCCAUCAACGAGGCCAUCUCCCAGAGCAGCAGAGCUCCUCAGAAGUUGACAGCAGUGCUAGAGUCGGUGGCAGAGCGCCAUGCGGCAGUCCAGCCCUCAAAGGACAAAACAAAAGGCCCAGUGGAAACAUUACCAACACCCACACCCACAGCAGCAGUCAGCCUGGCUGCAGACAGCUCAGCAGGCCUUCCCACUCACAGCACAGAUCCCUCACAGUGGCCCGGUGACUCCCCCAGCCCCCAGGGGAAGGAAACUGUACAACUCCAGUGUCAGUCCCAGAGCCAGCCCCGCGCAGGCCAGACCCCUGCCCCUGGCCCCGGGAUGGAAUACUGCGUGCUCUUGUUCUGCUGCUGUAUCUGCGGCUUCGAGUCCACCAGUAAAGAGCGACUGAUGGAGCAUAUGAAGGAGCACGAGGGAGACAUCAUCAGCAUCAUCCUCAACAAGGAGCAGCAGCCAAACGCCCAGACAGGCCUCCAAACAGCCGAGUGAGAGCUGCUCCAUCCCCCUCUCUUUAUAUUAACACUGACCCUGCACUCUCACACAGAUCUGCUGCACACACAAGUAUUUCAUUAUGGCUCUUUACCUCAAGGUGGCUGUGGUGGAUAUCAAGGUCUAACCAUUUCAUGUCCGCUGUGCUGUGGUAGGUAUUCCUCAGAGUGUCUGUGGGAAGGUCUGAGGGAUACCUUGAACAGGAGAGAAGAAGAAGAAUGAUGAAUGAUGAAUUUCUGGGGAGAUCAUCCUUUUGAAAGAAAAGUUUUAUGGGCCGUAUAGAUUUAGUGUCAAAUAAUUUGACAUGUGGAAGGCACAGAAUGUGUCUGAUGAUAAGGGACGAGGCCAAGCUCUAAACCAAGUUUAAUUUCUCACAGGGACAAGUUCAUACCUCAUGAAACCAUACAAUCCCUCACCGGAAGUGAAAAAAAAGUUUGACAUAUUUUCCAGCCUAAUUCAUUUAUUGACCACGAGGCAGCUCUUUUAUUGCUACUGUAAUAUUUAAUAUAUUUAAUCGGACACAGUUGAGGCUCUCGCCUGGUUAGGGAGGUACAUGUGCCUGAAGGCAUGUAUCACAGCUUGAAUAUGAUUUAAUAUUUAUCAGUCUAUUAUUAUGCAUGUUAGUUUCUGUUGUGCCAAUUUCAAGAGGCAAGUGUUCAGUAGAUGUUUCCCUUUAUUUGCUCGUAUGACUGACUGUACUUUGCUUUUUUUAAAUCUUUUGUAAAGGAGCGUGUUUGGAGGAGAAAUGUGCCGAAGGUGAUCAGAGUAAAGUAGAAACGAGACUUCGCUUGCCUUGAUUGUAAUCUACCGGAGACAGAGGUAUUGGGUUAAAAGUAUGUGGACAAAAGGAAUGAUAAAAAGGGAAGUUGGUGGAGGUAGGGCUUUAUUUUGUAUUGAAAAGCAGGCGUGUGUUGCAUUAACUCCAACACACCUGUUUACACCUGUGAUUGUGGUGCUACACUCACUUCAAUAUGAGGAAAAGAUUGUUUUUUUUUAUAGCCCAUGCAAUUUAUGUUGUAUAUAAUCAUUUUUAUAACCUUUACUGUCAUUUUUCAGUGUUUUUAAAAAGCAAAGUUUCUCGUGUCAAAUGAGACUUGAAAUAAGGACUGUCCUCACUAACACACGGGCUGAGAGUUAGAAAACAUGGAUGUAAAAAACAAGUUUUAAGCUAACGUUUGUCUCAAGUUCACUGACGUACGCUCUUCUCCUGUGACUGAGUUUAGGCAGUCAUGUUUUACAUUGACUGACAUGGAAAAAAUGUGAAGUAUGGAAGGUAUUUCACAUUCAUUCUUACUGCUCAAAACUGACAAGGAACAAUGUCCUCAUCUUAUCACUUAUUGAACCAAACUCCUGUAGGGAACAACAAAACAAGGUCGUGCAGAGGUGCCACUUAUUCAGGACUAAAAAGAUUGCUAAUGCUUUAUUUGAUUACCAGAGAGCUUUGGAGAUAAAUAUUUCAGCGUCUGCUCCAAUCACGGCUCAUCAAGAUCAUGUUAGAAAAUGUUUUAUCAGAAAAUUAAACCGACUGAAGUCGUACAAAUAGAUCAUUUCAAACUGAACUCUCCACGUCUAGGAGAUGAACUAAUGAAUCCUGCAGUCUCGUCAUGCAACUUACUCAGCCUGAGUCAAUUCAUCGGUAUGCCGUCCCUUUCUUACCUCCACACAGACAGACGCUGAAGAAAUAGAGAUAAAAUGGGAUAUCCAUAAUUCAUGCCCCCCCUCCCUCCCUCCCUUCCUCCCUCCCUCCCUCCCUCCUCUGCCUGACAUCACAGCUUGAAAUUGUGUCUGCACGUUUGUGAAGCGGAUGAAACAAAAUUAAACAUCUAUCUCAACGUCUUGUUACCUGACCGGGAGACUCUAAUUAUCAAAGCGGGUUAUUAUCGCACGGCUUUCAAUUUACAAGUCCGUGAGUCAGAGUGAAGGGGCAUGGUUACAUGUGUGAGUUAAGAGGAGAAAGAAGUCAAAGUGAGACUUCAGAGGCCUUCCUCUCUGAUUAACAGCAUGCAUGUGAAUGAGCUGAGAGAAUAGAGUGAUUUGCCACACGCAGUCAGACCUCCGCUCUCCUCCUCAGUCAUAUGGGGAUCUGCUAAUCACCUGACUUGCUUGUAAUAAUUCCACUACCAAACUGAAGUCUUGUCUAACGUUCCCCGUGGACUCUAGGACUUGUAGUGGUGCUAUCGAGCUGUUUUUCCUCUGUUUCCUCAUGUUUGUUUGUUUGUCAGGCGAAACACAGCCAUGCAGUGGUUCCACAUCUUUUCAAUGAUCCUCUAUGUACAAUAAUACACCAGAACUCACUGAUGUCCUGUUCAUUUUCAGUGCAUCCACUUAGGGCUGGUCGAUAUAACGAUAAUUAUCAUGGUAUUAUUUUUCUCAAUAUAAAUAGAACAAAUGUACGCUAAAACGUUGAUAUAUCUAAACCUGUAAUUAUACCCCCCAACUACUCAAAAGCUAGUGUCUUAUACACAGUUCCCACCCAGCCAAUAAUGUGGCAGGGUGAGAGGUGGGCGGGGCUUAAAGAAGUUUGGUUUGGAGUGGAAGAGGCACUUCUUUAGUUCAGAUAUUUUGGCUGUUUACUUGACUACUAAAUCCAGAUAGAAGCUAACAAAGCAUCUGUUUUCUUCAACUUUCACCCAGGAGAAGAAAUACUUCCUUUAAAAUGAUAUGACAGAAUGGUUUGAUAUUUAAGGUGACAAUGAUUGAUAUUGACUAAUAUGAAAAAUGUUACCGUGACUACGUCUUUUUCAAUAUCGCCCAGCUCUUCAUCCACUGCCUCACCUCUGUGACAUGCUCACCUUUGCUUCAGUAACAUUUGCUUUGAUGAAAUCUUCAUCAGCCUUCCCUUCAUUCACCUCUUUUUCAAGUUUGCACCUGAAAUGCUUCCUCACGUCACUCCUCAGCCGCUUUAACGUUGAGUCUGUCCAGCGGAGCACAGCUCUGAAGUUUCCUGCAGAUAUUGAAAGCAUAGAAAAAUAACAGAAGCACAGCCGACAUGCAGACAGAUGGUCUCUGAAGUUCAGCUUUAUUUAUUUGGAACUGAAAGCAAAGGUGAACUCUGUCUGUCUGCGAGUUCACAGCCAGUCUCUCCGGCUGAACUUUGACCAUCUGUUCUGACUGCACACACACACGGUUUUUCUUCCCAAUGAAAGAUUAAUAUCAGUAUUUACUUCUGUUAAGUUUUUCAUACAACAAAGGGAACAUAUCUGGCUGAACUCUCAGUUCCUUUGUAGCUUUUCUUCUCUCGUUCAAGGUGACAGUAUGCUCAUUUUCUUCUACUCCAGCAGCUCGCUAAUGAUGGGGUUUUCAACAUCAACAUUUAUGAACAUUCAUUUUUAAACCCUUUAAAUAUUAUGUUCUUAGAACAAUGUGGCUCUAAAAGUUCAGGCAGGUUUACUUUGAACAAGCCAUAAUUAUGAAUUAGGUAGGGACUGCUUUCAGCUGUGUGUAAUGACACAUUUGGUGCUCUAAUGAGUGUUUCAGUGAACCUGUGACAUUGAAAUAGACGACAGUGCUUUGUAAUUUAGAGGAAUGUCCUUUUUAGCAACAGUGAGGCUCAAGGAUGUGUGUUAGAUGGACGUUUAUGACCCAGAGGAACAGGAUGCAUCAGCCUUUGAAUGCAAGACAGAACCAUCUAUGCCUUGUAGGUGUUGAUCUACAUGAACUGGAGGUAUAGUGUUAUCACAGCUGAUUGAAACCAUGGCCAAAGCUUUAGACAUAUCAUCAAAGCAGUUCUAAACUCAGUGAAGUCCAGAGCUACACAGUGUUACAGCUGAUUAAGAGAUAAUGUGUGAUAAGCUGAUGAUUAUAUGAAAUAAAACUCCAACAGGGUGAGACUUUACAUCAGGGUCUUCUCGCUCACUGUGCUCCAUAUUGCAGGAUCACCUGGGGCCUCAUGUACGAAGGGUUCAUACACAAAUACAUGGCGCAUGCUCUUUUUCACGGCAAAGUUCAGAUGCAUCAAGAGUGAAAUGACCGUGGAAAUGUGCGGUGUCUCAUGCCAACUUCAUGGCUGGCGUACGCACGUUUCUACAGCUGUUGAUCCUUGCGCACAGAUUCAUACAUCUGGAUAUUUAUGUGUGCACUACUUUUUCUGGAUUUGAGCGUACGCCAUGUUUCAGUAGGAAAACCACGCAGGUCUUUGUACAUGAGGCCCCUGGUCCCUUUAUAUGAUCUUGCUUAUGACCUAGCUACCAACUAAAGAUACAAACAAGUUGAAGCUAAGUAUUAAUUUAAGGUGAUUUAUUUAUGCAGAUUCAACUGUCGGUCCAUUAUCAGCCAACUUGACCUUUUGUAUCGUUCUAAGUCACAUCAAACUUCACAUUUCAUUCACAGUAAAGUCUAAACAUUAGCAUUCUUCUGUUAGCAUGUUAACAGAUAAUAUCAACAGCACCUGUAUGAAUUUGUCUUCUCCGUAUCUUUCCUGUUGACAUUUUCUUCUCACUCCACCAGUCCACCAGUCCUGUCACUGACAAAGCUCACACCGUAUCGCCGUUUGUGUUUCUCAUGUCUGUUUUCUUCACUUUGGCUGAUGUCUCUUCCACUCAGCUCCUUGCUCUCACGUUUUCCUCCUCGACUUCUUUCCUCUGCUGGUGACUGCUCAGCCAUUAAGCAGCAAAAUAAAGUUUUGCGCUCUCAGAAUAAAUUGAGAGUUAUAUUAAAAACACCCUCCAUGUUGUUCAGCAAUACUGCCAGAAACUAACAUUUUUGCCACAGUGUUAACAGGAAGAGAUGAAAUCAAAAACUAUGUAGAUGUACUGGACUCCUUUACACAGAUUGAUUUGAUAUGCCGUGUGUGAUCAGGUCAACCCUGAUGCUACUUUUGCUAUUCAGAAUUGUCAAUAGUUGUAAAGGGGUUUGACCAAUCAGAAUCAAGUAUUUAACACAGACAAGCGUUAGUAAGAAAGCAGGGUAAUAAGCUCUGAAAAUAAUGCAUUGCAUUACAUGUACCACAGAAAACAGAGUGCUGACAGUCAGACCUGGACAUGGUAUUGAUCCAAAUCAACAUUUUUGUUAAAAGUAGUUCCAUACAUGAUUACAGAGCAGGUGAUGAAUGUACUUCAAAUAAAAUAUCAGAUUUUUUUUUGUUCAAAGAAAAAUUUUGCAUCCAAGCAGUUUAGAUCACAGAUUGAAGUUUAGCUAUCAACUUUGAAAUGUAUGUGGGUCAGGUUUUCAGGCAGCGAUGGAUCCAGUUCAGUGUCAAGAAUCACAAAAGUGUGUCAACAGUGGAAGUAUGAAAGGAGGCGUCCACUCACCACAUUCAGAGAGAAAUCCUCCCUGUUCACACAGCUGUCUCCCCUCAGGCAGGUUCAACAACACCACAUUCAACAACUUUAACUCUUGUGCCAUAUUUGAAGUCACCAAUGUAUGUAUUUGUUUAUUGUGCCUUUAGGUUCAUGUUUAUUAUUUAUUCUUGACUGCCAAUCCUUGAGUUAAAUAUCUAGAUCUCUUUCUAUAAUAUCCACCAACAUCAGGGCCCAGAUCACUCAGUCAUUUGGAUUUAAGUAGGAGCAAAAAUCUGAAUUGGAUAGUCCAUGCUGAGAAUGAUUAAUAUGAGUGGAUAAGUAAGUUUUCCAUAGAGGUUAAAUCCACAUUUGAGCUGUAGCUAGCAGGACAGAACCAUCAACAAACCUUGAAUGUGAAUCAGCCCUUUCUUACAUCUACUAAUCCUCCCAGUAAUCCGCUCAGACACGUGGUAUUGUAUUUAAAGUGUGUACAUAAUGCAAAAACUUCAAAACUGACUUUUUUAAAAGAUAUCUAUUUUUUAAUAAUCUUGUAAUAAAAAAAAAGGACAAAAAAAUGUAGUUUCCGUUGAGUUCAGGCUCGAAUCUUACUCCCAGUGUUUUAAAGGGAACUGACAGUUUAAAGCUAAACAUACGUGACUGAGCUGCGUUCUUCAAACCAAAGUAGGUGGAGGAUUAGAACACGUCUGUCCGGAUCAGUGUGUGUUUCUGCUCAUUUUUGUAUCUGAGGUUUAACAUGGGAUUGUUUCAGACAGGAGUGUGACGCUUGCUUCAUGUUUAUUUAUUUUUAGAACAUCAUAGACUUUGUUAUGUCACGACUUUGCCAUUGUAUUUUUGGUAAUAAAGACUGAGAAAUAAGA